AUGGCGACAGAUCGAGAGGAGCGGCUGCAAAUGCGGCAGCGCGGAGCAGCAACGCGCAAAACAAAAGCAAUUGACUUCGGAUUCUCAUUUGGACUUGCUUCGGCACCCGCAGAGUCCACGUCGGAACCCGCGUCGCAACCCGCCGAGACUGGCACUGUCACCGAACCUGCUGGCCCUCCACAAACUACAUCAGCACCAGGAGAAACAGCACCGUCGCGGCUAUCACCAGCACGGACACCUUCAUCUCGGAAUAUAGGUUCUAGCCAGCGGACACCAGGAAGUGCGCGCAAUGGCCUCCCCGAACGACCGUCGAUGUUCGAUAUACCCUCGGAUAGGGAGUUAGAACUUGGGCGCAGCAGCAAAAGGAGAAAGAUUGAAUCUCCCAGCAAGGUUGCUCAAACAUCGGCCAGUUUCGACAUUACAGCCCAAGAGACCAGUAUAGCACAGCCCCAGCCGAACAGCCCGACAAAGAGCACACAAGAAGUAAUUCGCGAUGGACCACAGGCUGCGUCACCUACCACAAACGCCGUACAAGUAUCCGAAGAUGCAACUGAACCGGCCGUUCCGUCAAUAUCAAACAGCCUGGUCAAUGACCAGACAACGGCGGAUGAGAACCCGGAGUUUCAUGGCGCAGCGGAAGAAACUACGGCGAUGCGAAAUGAUGUACAACUACAAAACGGCUCGAAUUCGCCGCCCCUGGACACCACGAGCGCCGAGCGCAGCAGACGAGAGUCAGAAACCCACGAACUCCCUCCACCAGAAGCUUUGGUGGUGCCGCAAGAAGUUUUCCCAGAGCAGGUGGUGGAAGAGCAGGCGGGGCCAGAGCAAGUGAUGCUAUCCCAAGCCGAUGAAGACACACAACAGCCUACGCGAGCCCCAGAGGUACCAAAUGAGCAGCACAUCGCUACUGAAAUGAAGGAGCUACAGCCUCAGCGCCAGAAGCGCGCAAGGGGCAGGCCACCAGCAUCUAGCCGAUCGCGUUCAGCUACUGGUGAAGGCUCAGAGCGAAAUGAAGAUGACCCGCCAGAGCAAACGGCGGCUCCAGAUCAUCCGAGCAAAAGACUUCGAGGCAAGAGUACAAGGAGUGCCCGAAGUACAUCGAGUGCUCUUACCGAUAACGUUGUUACCGAUACCAACUUAGCCGACGGACAGGACGCGGUACAGCCUGAGACGGACGGUGGCGACACUGCAGCAAGGGGCCAGGAUGUUGAGCAACCAGUCUCGCAGAAACCACACCAGAAGAAGGGCAAGCGUGCUGGACGCGCUGGCAAGGCCCAACCUGUGGAGACUGAGCAAGACAAAUCUGAUCAGUCGGGUGAGACAGUUCGGCAAGAGGGGCAACCACAGCCAGGCAGGGAGCAAAAGCCGGAGUCGGAGCCUGAGCCUGAGCCUGAGCUGCAACCUGAGGCCGAACCCGAACCCGAGACUGCAAACAGGACGGAAUCUCCAACAGCCCAGGAAAAUUCUUCACGACCUAAGAAACGUCGUGGAAGACCGUCGUUAGCAUCGAGAAGGGAUGACAGCACAGCAACGCAGCCUGAAGAGCGACAAGAGACACAGCAAGAGGCUGAAGAGGAGAAUCCUAAACCUACGAGGAAGCGGACCAGACAACCUCGCGGUGAAACCGUACCCGUGACUGUCCACCGUCUGGUGAAUGUCGCUUCGCUGGCACCAGGAGCUUCUCGUCCUGAUUCACCAGUGGAAGAUGGCGAAUCGGCCGAUGAACUGGCCACCAGGGGGAAGACUAAGCUCCCCAAUAGAGGGGGUGUCAACCCAGCCGAUGUACUGAGCCAGAUUUGCCGAGAGACGCUGGAAAAGACCCUCACUACUCUUAAGAACGGAAUAGCCAAUGAGACAAACCCGGCACGACGUGCGGAAUGGACCCGCAAGAAGAAAGCCGUCGAGGCUUUCGAAACAGAACUUGAGAGUCGGCUGUUUGAGUUGAGCGAGAUGCUGGAUAGUAACUUUGUUCUCGGCGUCCAGCUGAAGAAAGCAAAGCGGGAAAUGAUGGACUUGCGGGGCCGGCUCUACCAAGUCCGCAAAGAGAGAGAGGCGGUUGCUUUACGAAUGGAUGCAGUGCGCCGAAAGCAUGCAGAGGAGGAAAGUGCGAGAAUGGCCCGCAUUUCUAUCAACAAUUCCUUGCAUAGUCUCGAGCUUGCGGUCGAACGAAGCCAGAAUCGUGCUUCUGCCAAUGCCGACGACACAGAAUCGGCUGAUGCUUCCCCCACAGUUGGCCUGGAGUUUAUGCUCCGUAGCGUUGCAGAAGCAGUGAGCUCUACUGCUCCCGGAGCUCAAGGUGGUCUCUUGGACCAGAUCAAAAGCUUCAAUGCACAAUUAGAAGCAACAGCUCGCAAACUGGAGAGCUGA